AUGUCCCAAUCUCGCCAUGAUAUGGCGCCUUCUCUGGAAGAAGACGGCGAAGCGUUCAUGAAAGGCCAGUAUGAGGCCAUGCUGAGCUCCCAGCAACGCCGCCGGCUGCACAAAAAGCGCCGACGCAUCAACGCUUUCGCCUCCAUCUGCUCCAUCUUCAGUGGUGUCGCAACGGGCCUGGUGCUGAUCAUCCUGCUGCUGUCCGUCUGGCACCAGUCUGGGACGAAGAGCCAGUGCGCUGACAUCCCCGACCAUCAGCUCACCGAAGAAGAGAUGCACGAGAUGUGGAAAGGCUGCGGCACCAACUCGGCUGAGGCUCGUCAGAUGGGCUGUAAGUACGAUGUGAUGCUGGGCGGCUGGAUCCACGCCGACUGCUAUGCCGCCGAUCUGAUGGAGAAGUACAUUGAGCGGGGCAACUACAGCUGGUUCCGCGAUCAGAGUCUCACCAUCCCCGUGUCAGAGGAGGAAAUGCGGCGUGGAGAUCAUGAGGUGCUGUGGACGCGCAAGUUCUUCCACUACGCUCACUGUGCGUAUCUGUGGGAAAUGCAGAUGCGGGCCUACAGAGAGCGGAAGCCAAUUGAGAGCGGGAUCUUCCUGGAGGAGCACACGAUUCAUUGCGCCGGCAUCCUCCUGCAACAGGAUACCUUGAUGACCAACGCCACUGCUGUUCAUACCGGCUUCGAGUGGUGUGGAUCUCCUUGGGGCUAA